GGUGCGCACCAAAUCCGAGUUGGGUUGGAAUGAACAUUGUCAACGUUUGCGUAAAAAUGAGUCCAACGUUGCCUUGUAAACUCUCUUUAAAAAUGGAUGUCAGUGCCGCAUGCAGCUUCUUUUGCGACCCAAGGCAAUCUUGGCAGUGACUCCACUACCAGUGAGUGAUUCCCUGCUUUCGACGAAUCUCUCUUGAAUCUAUGGUCAAACGUUGAGUUUGCGCAGUGACCUCCAGGCCAUAUAAAUCAGACCAACUUCCUCUUCUCCCUCGACUCGCUCCUCAACACACACACACACACACACACACACUCUCUCUCUCUCUCUCUCUCUAUUCAAACUAUUGUCAUUCGUUCUUCAGCCACUCUUUCACCAAACACGUUCGUUUUACUCGACUCUAGUAGUCCCUCUCGUUUACCGACUUUUCCUUAUAAACUCAUCAUGAAGCGGUACACUCUCGUUCUCGCUGCUUCUGCUGCCCUGGUUAUGGCAUCACCUAUUCCAACCUCUUCUAUCUCACCAAAUGGGCCGUGCCCUCAAUCUAAAGUCGAUGCUAUUCUUAAAGGCGACAUGGACGCAUCCGAAUGCUGUUCAUAUGGCAAAUGCAAGGGCGAUGUAGUCAUCUCGGUUGGAGAAUAAGACUCCAUCGCCUCGACUCACACACUCACUCAAACAUAACGACGUUACGAACACACCACUGCAUACUAACAUACACAGUCUUUAUCUAAACGACCGCAUCAUAAGCAACUAGAGAGAAUCCGACCCUUGUUCCUUCACUCCAUGGAUUUCAUACGCAAACUUCUGUCAGAAAACGCAUACAGUCUAUCACAACCCACAUUCAUUUCUCGAUUCUUUCUUUCAACAAUACAUUGAUGCUUAAGCACGUGGUUGUCAUCCUGGGCUUGAUGAUAUACAGGAGACCCAACCUUGUGUCCUAAGGAGAUUGUUAUACAACUGAAGGAGAAAUGAUUUAGAUGGGCUGGCUUGGAAGAAUCAUGAGAAGCAUCAACUACAAUUGUCACAUAUCAGGCAGGAUCUGAAACGAAUAUCAUAUGAUUUAUUAAACCAGAGUAGCAUUUCGAAUAUGCAUUGAUUUGGAAG